UUCGAACGUUUUGACUUUUCUCUAAUUUUUUGAUAAUUUAUUUUUGGUGUAUCUUUUUUGUGAUUUAAAUGUCGUGUUAUCGUGCACGAGACUCAACGAGUGACGAUGGCGACGGAGAUGUUAAGAUAUUCAUAUAUCAAGCCAAGAUAUCAAUUUGGGAAACAAUGUGUCUUUGAGCACUGUGAUCGUAUAGCCGAAGAAGCGAUAUUACCAGAUCCAAAAUUCUUGGACAAUUAUAUUCUUCGUUUAAAUAAUAAUUGUCAUGUACAGAAGUCUGUACAACUUGCGGUUCAUGAAGUGCAAACAAAUGUAAAGCUUGUGUCUAAUACAGGAACAUUCCACACAGAGGGUGGUUGGCCAAAAGAAAUCAAUGCAAAUGAUAAUGAAGCUGUUUAUAGAUAUCGUCGACGUAUCGAAAGGCAUAAUAAUUGGGCUCCAUGUUUAAAAAAACUUAUACCACCAAUGGAACAUUGUGUGUUACAAAAUGGUGCGGUGAAUAUUCAUGAAGAAUAUUUCGACGAUCUGAUUCCAACAUCCAUUGCCAAGCAUUACAAUAUCAAGAACCGGAACUCGUACACGGAUCCGCAAGUGAUCAAGAGACCAAUCAGACAUCUGUCCUGGUGUGCGAGUGGUUCGAAUCGAUUGGCUGCUGCUUACUCCUUUACGGAAUUUGAAGAGCAUUCGGCCGACGUGAGUCCAGAGUCCUACAUAUGGGACAUCGGUACUCGGAUAUUCCUUAUGUUAUUCGACGACGAACCACACUCGAUCGGCGUUAUUUGCCACGGCACCUUGAAACGGAAUGCUAUUCCAUCGAUUCGAUUUAUCUUGGACGCGGAAAUUUGAUAUCGUUUCGAUGAAAGACGAGAUACCGCAGGUAGCUCGGAAGAUUGAUCGUGAAAGAAUGCAUAGGUGUCGUUGCAUAAGCGCCAUUGAUAUAAUAUUGACGCAUUGAAUGUUGCAGGGUAAAAAAUAGCUAAAGAAAUUUUUAUUUUAUUACUUAAUUUAGGCAAUAUUUCUAGGAAGUAGAAAUUUGAAAAAAUUCUAUCUUGGAUUAAUUAUAAUUAUAUCACUU